GCGUCGCGAAAUCACUGACCGAGUGGUAGUUUAAUUUAGUUCAAUUAAUUCAAUUAAAUAAAGAUUUCUAUGUAAGACAAUGUUGUAAUUUCCAAAUAUUUGUAUAUAUCGUAAUACUAAAGUCCCCAGUAGGUUUUGGCAAUACAACAUAGAAUGUAGUGCUAAUGGAAUCCCUAGAAGAAUCAAAUUGUUACUCGUUAAGUGAUAGUUUUUCAUUGUAUGAACGCUAUAUGAGAAGUUUUAAAGUAGCUAAUCCUCUGCCAGAACCGAAAAGCAGCUUUGGAACCGGGGAACACUCCAACAAUUCACAACGUUCAAGUAGUCGAGGUAACAUCGAGUUGUCCGUGGCGCGCACUAACGUCACAAGUAAACAUUGUGAAACAGCUGAGCCCGAAUCUAGUACAAGAAAUAUAGAUUCGACUGACAAUAUCGCUGUUAAGAUUUUCGGCUUAGACUUAGAAAUAUGCACCAAAGUUAAUUCUGAAAGCGAUUCUCUCCCAGCGUUAUCACUCGAAAAUUCCUCUGCAACAGUCGAGCAUAGUCUUUUGCAGGAUAAAUCUAGCGGAACCGACGCACAUGGUUCAUCUGAAAAUUCAAGAACGGAGACGUUCAAGCAACCCGUCUUCAUAACCUCUACCAUGGAAAAUAGUAACAAUGCUGUAGACAGUGUGCCCCUAUUCCGUGAUGUGAGAUUGCCAGAGAAUGUUUUUAAAUUACCGAUAAGUGAAUUAUCAUUUAAUGGUACCAUAAAGCAUGUACAAAAGUUGAAACCAAUUGUAGAUCCUAUGUCUGCAUUGAGUUCUAAUACUGGAUUAAAUUUGUAUGAUAGAAAUUCAGGAUCCUGUCAUAGCGGCAGUGAUCAAGAAGCUAAGCAAGAUUCAAAGAGUUUUAUUGAUGAAAAAAGUACAUGUGACCUCAGCAGAACCUACAAGACUGAGAGCACUGGAGACUCCCAGUAUGAAGAAUUGACUUGUAAAAAAGAUGCAGAGCCUGCAAACGAUAGCAGCUCAACAAAGUGGAAUUUGGAUCAGAGCUACUCUUCUUUAGAUGCCUCUUUUGAUAGUGGGGUUAGGUCACCAGACAUGUUUUCUGAUCAUGACGAUGAUGAUGAAGGCAAAAAGCUCAUAUCUGAAUCAGAACCAUUUUGGAAUUUUCUUAAGGAUUAUGAAAUCUAUGACAACAUGAGAGUGAAGAAAAUUGAAGAAAAGCUGCAAGGUCUUAUUCCUCCACCUUCUGUAACAACAUUAAAAACAGAUGUCACGGAAAUGCUGAAGAAAUAUUACUGUUUUCUACCGAUCUUCAAUGAGGGCACUAAAGUUAAUUCACCUGAAGUUGACUGUACAACUCCAACAAAAAGAGUGUCGUUUGUCGAAAUCCCAGAGCAAACAGUAAAAUCACAUCCUCUUGAAGAACAAAGUAUCGGUGGAAUGUUUAACAGUAUAAAUGCUGCAAAAAUAGCAAAAGAUCUGAAUAGGAGUAACGAGACAACUACAAAUGACAAGACUAUCAAUAUAAAAAUGUGCAGUGAAAGUGAAGCUAAGGAUACUGUUUGGCCAAACAUAAUGAAGUGCAAAUAUUAUGAUGUUUAUUACAACAGAACAAAAUAUUCAGAAAAGUAUGAAUUGUUGGCAUUAAAGUAUGGAGAGAGGUAUGUAGGAGCUGAAACUGAUACGAGUGUAAAUAUCUAUUCGGGUGGGUUUCAGUCGCCCAGUAGUGCAAACAAACGAAAAGCAAUGCGUCUCAAAAUGGCACAAGCAAAAUCUCCAGGCCGUCGUUUGUCCCACUUGGCACGCAGACGUCAAGCUUUUUGCAGUGCUGCUACUAUAAACGAAAAAGCUCAAGCUUCCACAGCUAAAAUGGUCCUCAUUGAUAAAAAUUUCUUCCCGCAUCGAAAACUAGUAAAUUCAGCCGAAAGAAAAAGUCCGCGCUUACGCCGCACCCCGGGCAAGAAGACACCUACGAGGCGCACUCCCACAAAAAAAACACCAGCCAAAACACCAAAGACCCGAAGCGGGGGCUCCAGUAAGAAGAAAGCUAUGCGUAGAUUACUUCUGGAAUCGGACGCAGUCACUCGGUCACAGCCCUCGAGGGAGACUUUAAAACGCGCUCUUUUUAUCAGUCCAGAAAAUCGAAAAGCUGUUCCUCUCGUACCGAGUACUUCAGUACCUUUGCAGGCUAUGAGGUCGAAGAGAGCUUUAUUUGGCUCCCCGGAACGGUAUGCCGAAUCUAAAAGUUGCGAUGGUAGUCAAAGUGACAUGUUCUUGAAACGGAAGCUAAGUGCAUUAGAUGAAGAGCCAGCGAGCAGUAGAAGUAAGAUAGCGAAAAGUUUGUCCUUCGGAGGGGACAGCAUAGAGAACCUUCAGUCGAUCGGUUUCAGUCGGAGAUCGUCCGAGGUGUUCACAAGUCGAAAUUCCGCAGAACUUAAUGAAAUGCAUAAGAAGAAAUUAUUGUGGGCCGUAUCUGAAGCUCUGCGCGUUCACGGCUGGCGCAUGUCGUCUCCGGGAUUUAAAGAGAAGGCGUCGUCGCUGGCCCGGCUCACGCGUCGACUUCUGGCCCUGCCUCAACAUGCCGCUAAGCUAGCAGCGCCUAAACUCUCCACUUCGGAUACUAUGCUCAAACUGGCAAGGCAGUACGUGUACGCGAUAAUCCAGGGUCGGACGGUUGAGGAUUGUUUCGAAGAGGAACAGACUAAGCUGACGAACCAGGCCAACAACAAAUUGACCGGUUACAUAUCGGCCGUCGCCUACCAACAGCUGCGAGCGCGGCAGCAGGCCGGCGCCCUCACCUCUCGGAUCAAGGAGAACACGUGCAGCGACGCGUCCUUCCGCCAGGACCAACCCAAGAGCUGCUCCAAAAACGUGCUCCAAGACAAACUCGUCAACGUGGACGCCAACUCAAACAGCAGCGGAACGAGCCUCUUCGAUAAAUCAGGAAUACCUUUGUACAAAUCCAACUCGAUGCCUUCCUUCGAAGAGGCGGCUAAGAUGAGAGCCCGCCGACAGAUAAGCUUCGACAACGUUGAUUUUCCUAAAAGGUGAAUUAAUACUAAAAUAGCUAUCUAUUGUAAAUUAUUUUAAAUAAAAUAUUAAUUAGUCGAAUUAUUGAAACAGCACGGACAUUGUAAAUAUUAUAAUAAUUUAUCUUAUAAUUAGUUUUAGUAAAAUAUUUAAAUAUCCUUAAGAAUUAACUGUACUUGUAUUGUCGCAAUUUUACGAUUUCUUGACUGAAAAUGACGGCACAUUGAUGUAGUCUUAAAUGGUUUAUGAAUUUAAUGUUUUUGUUUUUAUUUGUUAAUGUAUAUUGAAGUGCAUGUCGUAUAGUCUAUUAAGUGCUUCCUUCUGUUUGGUUGUAACGUGCGAGGUAAUGGCAUCCGAAGCUGGAGCGAUAACUAAAUGCUAACCUAGCUAAUGGUAAUGGAUUAACAUAUCUCGAGGUGGUCCGCGGCGCUUACUUAUUUUAUCUAUGGGCUCUGAUUAAUUUCAUCACGUGGAUCAUGCGUUCGUCUGUUCAAAAGUAAAAAAGGCAUUUGCUAAAAAAUCAUACUAUUUUAAUAUAAUAAAUAGUAUUUUAAUAUUUUGCGAACCCGCAUUG